GACGCCGCCGCGCGCGCCGCGGGCCUCGCCGGCCUCGCGCUCGUCGGUGCCCUGGGCAAGAGAACACGCUUCCAACAGAAGGAUCUAGCGCAACUGACGCUAAAGGUGGAAGUGGAUGAUAGUUCCCCACAAACACCUCUCCUCAUCAGUGAUUCUUUGCCUAAGGACUUGCGCCUGGACGAUGAUGUGCGCCUGGAGAAAGUGCAGUUCACUGGUGACGGUGCGCCCACCCUACCGCCACUGUCACCUGUGCAGCAGGCUGUGGUGUUAAACACAUUCAUCUUAGUGCAGAGGUCACAGCCGCAUGAUGAAUUGGCCCAUGAGGAGUUGCUUCCUUAUCUUCAGGUGGUACUAUCAGAGCCGCAGCUGUGGAGCGUGCAGGCAGCAGCUCUGGUGCUGCGCAGUCGACUAGAGAGCAAGCAGAGAAGAACUGCAGAGAGAGCGAUGAGCCAGCUAGAGGAGGUAGUAAACGCACUGAAAGGUCCCAUGCCUGGAGUGAGGGCCCGACUCCGGGGUCUCUUGGCCACACCACUGCCCCUGCUGGCUGACGUCCAGUGCGAUCUGGCUCAUGCCCUGGUGCAGUUGGGUUGCGUUCAGAGUGCGCUCGACAUCUUCCUGCAUCUGCGCCAGUGGGAGGCAGCUGUCACGUGUUACACCUUGCUGGAUCUACGGCAUCAGGCCGCUGAGCUGCUGAAGCGAGAGCUGGCUGUGCAAGAGACGGUGCCUUUGCUGUGCCUUCUGGGCGAUGCUACAGAUGACAUCUCGCAAUAUGAACGUGCCUGGGAGCUGUCUGGUCAGCGCUCUGCUCGUGCUCAACGUCACUGGGCCAUGCAUCACUUCAGGCGGAAAGAGUAUGAGGAAAGCAUCCCACACUUGGAGCUGUCCUUGCAGUGCAACAGCUUGCAGCCAGAGCUCUGGAGAAGAUUGGGCUAUGCCGCUCUGGACACUGAGAACUGGCAGCUAUGUGCCAAAGCAUACCGGCGGUGUGUGGAGCUGGACCCAGAGAACAUGGAAGGAUGGAACAACCUGGCAAAGGCGUAUGUGAAGACUGGUCAGAAAGCCCGUGCCUGGCAUGCUCUCCAAGAAGCACUGAAGGCAGACUUUGAGAACUGGCGUCUGUGGGACAAUGUUGCUGCAGUGAGUGCAGAUGUGGGUGCCUUUGACGAGGUGGUGCGUGCUUACCAUCGUUUGCUGGAUCUGCAAUCAGGACGCCAUGUUGAUAUACCAGUGCUCCAGACUCUGGUGCGUGCAAUUACCAGUGAAGUGAAAGACAGCGAAGGUCAGAAUGCUAGCCGGAUGCGGCCUCAAGCUUUGGCACUAUUUGGUAGAAUCACAUCACAGGUAACAACAGAUCCAGAAGUGUGGCAACUAUAUGCAGAGUUGACUGCUUCACUACCAGAACAGACACCGCAGACACUAGAGCGAACAGCGCAGUACCUCCAGAGGGCACACCGUGCUGCCACUCAGAAGCAGGGCUGGGCUCGGGAUCGCAACACCUGCCAGAAGACUUUGUCACUUUCGUCACGCUUAGCAGAUGCAUACCUCACAUGCUGUCGAGUGCAGCCAGAGCCCCAGCGCCUUCUGAGUUCUGCCAGGUUAUCUUUGAAGAGUGUGCUUGCUGCAGUUAGACAACAAGUGGAGGUAGCUGCGGAACUAUCCUCUGAUGUUGAAGAACUGCAGGUAAAGCUAGAUGCAGUGGAAAGUGCAAUUGAAGUACUUCGUGCACAGUGAAUGCAUAAGAAGCGCUUUGAAGAUGGUGAUACCUUUCUAAUGGCACUUGCCAUAGCAAAGCCUUUAGCCAAGCUACACUACAGUUGCGCACUCAGGUCUGAUGAUAGAAGAAGUGUUUUACAUUGGCUGUAGAUGUAGUGAUUUCUGCCUUGGAGAGAGGAUUUUGUGUGAGGAUUGCAUUGGAUGUAAAUUUCAACAUUCCAAUACGAUAAUGUCUUAAAAAAAAAAAAGAAAAGAAAACACCACUUUGAGGAAUAGCUACUGGUAGUACUGUGAUUUAGAAACAGAUGACUGUCUGACAACCUUCAAUACGUAAUGAAUGAGGAAGGAUUUGUAAUCUUGUGCUGGGUGUGGUAAAAUACAAUGAUUUUAAACAAAUCUUAUUAAAGUUUUUAAUUGUUUUAAUAUGCUGUCAUCCAAGGCCAGUUACAGACUUAAUAAAGAGUAAAAUUAAUAAGUAUAGAUUCAAAAGAGGAUUGUGCACUGUGAUUAUUAUAGUACAUUAAAAUGUUUGGCUAGAACUAUCAUGUGGAUAGUUUUAUGAAGUACAAAUGUAAGAAUAAUUUGUGUAAUUUUACACAUGUGGAUGUGAUGACUGUUCUCUUCCCAGUUUUGAAAUGUAAUUUACUUUUAAUAGAUGACAAUAGUAAUUGUUGGCUUAAUGAAAAUAGUUUACAGUAAUUGGCUAAGAUGGCGUUACUGCUAUUUAAUGGAAAUUUUACAUUAACUUCGCUGUACAAUAAUAAAUGCUGUUAAUC